UAACAACCAAGGCGAGAACACAUAUUAGCACAGUGUAGAUAAAAUUGAAAACAUGAACACUACAGUUUUCUACGCAAUUCUGUGCCUACUUAUAUCCGUAAACAAUGCAGAAGUUCCAGAAAAAUACUUUCAAGAAAGAAGUGCAUUAUUAGCCGAAGAAAUAAACACAGCUGUUGGUGGAAAAAUAAACCUUAAUGAAAAUGAAACGAUAGCAAAUAAUAUAUUGAUGAAAUGGAAGAUGAAGGAACUCAAUGAUUCUAAUACGCAAAGGAUAAAUUUCGCCAAGCACUACUUUACUUAUAAGAAGGAUAUAGAAAAGUCGAAGGUUUAUAAGAUUAUUAAGAGGAUGCCGAAGGGCGGAUUGCUACACGUGCAUAGUACGCUGUUGUUGAAUGAAGAUGUUUUAAUGCAGUUUACAUAUGAAGAUAAUUUGUACGCCUGUUUCGCAAAUGGCGACUUGAGAUUUUAUUACUCGACAAAACUCCCUGAAUUUCCGUGUGCUACGAAAUGGGAGCUCGUCAGUGAUCUCAGAAACUCUUCUAGUAGUCCAGAAUCAUUUGAUUCUCAAUUGAAACAAUAUCUAACAAUAUACAAUGAAAAUGGAGUUGACUGUAACUAUGAAGAUAUGGACACAACUUGGAAGAAGUUUAGUAAAGUAGGCAAAACUAUGGGAUCUUUGAUUGGAAACAGGUCAAUUAGAGAAAGGUAUUGCUACGAAACACUGAAGCAAUUAUAUGAUGAUAACAUUAUGUACGCUGAGAUCCGGACAAGUCUAUACGGUGUACACGAACUAGACGGAUCACAACACAGCAAAGAAUACAUGGUCGAGCUAUACAAAAAUACGACAGAUAAGUUCAUUGAAACCCAUCCAGACUUUGUUGGAGUAAAACUAAUCAUAACACAAAGUAAACGUCAAUCUGAAAGUGUGGCAAUAGCUUUAAAUAUGACGAGGAGGUUAAAAAAAGAAAUGCCGGAUAUGAUAGCAGGGUUUGAUCUAGUUGGACAAGAGAACAAAGGGAAUCCAUUGACUGGAUAUCUUCCAAUACUAUAUGAGGCUAAGGAUGAACUAAAUUACUACUUCCACGCUGGAGAGACUCCGUUGUCAGGAACUGUAGUUGAUGAGAAUUUGGUGGACGCAAUACUUCUAGGCUCGAAGAGGAUAGGGCACGGGUACGCUUUGACGAAGCACCCGUCUCUGAUGUCAGCUGUGAUGAAGAAGGACAUUGCGUUGGAAGUGAAUGUGAUAUCAAACGUGGUGUUGUCUUUAGUGCACGAUGUUAGGAACCACCCCUUGGCUUCAUACCUGGCGAUGGGUGCGCCUGUAGUGCUGUCCAGCGACGAUCCUGGCGCUUGGAGCGCGGAGCCAGUGUCUCAUGACUUCUUCGUGGCGUUCAUGGGUGUGGCCAGUAAGCACGCGGACCUGAGGAUGUUGAAGCAGCUUGCUCUGAACUCUAUAACUUACAGUGCGCUGGACGAUGAAGUGGGAAUGAGAUUACCGGAGGCCCAAUCCUUCCCUUACACCAAUACCCAUCCAGACUUUGUUGGAGUAAAACUAAUCAUAACACAAAGUAAACGUCAAUCUGAAAGUGUGGCAAUAGCUUUAAAUAUGACGAGGAGGUUAAAAAAAGAAAUGCCGGAUAUGAUAGCAGGGUUUGAUCUAGUUGGACAAGAGAACAAAGGGAAUCCAUUGACUGGAUAUCUUCCAAUACUAUAUGAGGCUAAGGAUGAACUAAAUUACUACUUCCACGCUGGAGAGACUCCGUUGUCAGGAACUGUAGUUGAUGAGAAUUUGGUGGACGCAAUACUUCUAGGCUCGAAGAGGAUAGGGCACGGGUACGCUUUGACGAAGCACCCGUCUCUGAUGUCAGCUGUGAUGAAGAAGGACAUUGCGUUGGAAGUGAAUGUGAUAUCAAACGUGGUGUUGUCUUUAGUGCACGAUGUUAGGAACCACCCCUUGGCUUCAUACCUGGCGAUGGGUGCGCCUGUAGUGCUGUCCAGCGACGAUCCUGGCGCUUGGAGCGCGGAGCCAGUGUCUCAUGACUUCUUCGUGGCGUUCAUGGGUGUGGCCAGUAAGCACGCGGACCUGAGGAUGUUGAAGCAGCUUGCUCUGAACUCUAUAACUUACAGUGCGCUGGACGAUGAAGUGCGAAAGUUUACGAUCUUUGGAUGUUUACCAGUCAAUCACGCCAAAACGGCUGGACGGAUCUGGAUGAAAUUUGGCACAGGCAUAGUAUACACUCCGGAAAAGGACACAGGCUACUUUUUAUCAUCAUACUACUCGGGCGAAGACGCGGGCGGAAGCAAGCGUUAA